AUGUCCCAAGCUAAUUCACAAGACACAGAGAAAGAGCUAGCAUUGAAGUUGCAGGAGGGUAAAAUAGAUACUGAAGAUAAGAUCGGCGGCUGCCAAGAGGCAUGCCGACCGGGCACAAUGAAAACCAUAUGCUGGAAUAUCUGUGGAUUGGGGAGUCCACGGGCAACACGAAGGCUUUGGUAUUUGCUGAAGCAACAUAAGCCCCAGAUGGUUUUCUUUAUGGAGACCAAAAUUGAUGGAAAGCGCAUGGAAAAAUUUCAGAGGAGAUAUGGUUUUGAGAAUGGAAUUGAUGUAGGAGCAGAAGGUUCUAGAGGGGGAAUUUGUAUGGCGUGGAAAACAGGAAUUACUGUAGUUCUUAAAAAUUUCUCAAGAAAUCAUAUUGAUGUAAUGGUAAAGGACGAAAAUUUCAAUGAAAAAUGGAGAUUUACUGGAUUCUAUGGUUCGCCUUAUGUUCAGGACAAGAAUGCCUCAUGGAAUUUAUUAAGGCAAUUGGGUAAAGAUCAAAACCAUCCUUGUCUAGUUUGUGGCUAUUUUAAUGAAAUAAUGUAUUUUUUUGAAAAAAGUAGAGGUCAAUCGAGGGAAGAAAAAAGAAUGGAAGCUUUUCGCGAAGUUCUUAAUGAAUGUCAAUUAAUGGACGUGGGUUACAUGGGGGUUUGGUUCACAUGUGAGGGUGGAAACUUACCGGAAACAAAUAUUAAAGAAAGACUUAAUAGAGGCGUGGCAAAUGAGAAAUGGAUGCAACUUUUUCCAAAUGGAACUAUUCAUCAUUUAACACAUACGAUUUCAGAUCACUACCCCUUACUUAUAAGUACUAACAGUGGGAAAAGUAGUAAUAGAAGCCAAAGUUUCAAAUUCGAAGCAUGGUGGAUAAUGGAGGAAUCUUUCGAACAAGAGGUUAGAAUAGCAUGGGAGUCUUCGGAUGGAUCUAUAUGCGAAAAACUAGAUAGGCUAAAAUUUAGCCUAGUGAGAUAG